UUAUAGAUCAUCGGAUUCCUCCUGCACUAUAAAAAAAAAUUCUGAUUUAAAAACAAAUCGAUUCGCCUUGUGGGGUGAAUCCCGCGGUAAGUGGCGCAGAAUCGAUCCGCAGAGAUCGCGAUGACGUCGUGUUUACUUGCGCGCGGCGCCCGUGACGUCAUCGCCUCGGCGCGUGACCACGUGGGCCGGGCCAGCAACAGCUGUUGGUGGUGUGUGGUGGUGGUCCACGUUGCAAGUGACAGCAGCGUGCGUGCUGGAAGAGUGUUGGUGUCGUGUAGAGCUUGUGGGAGCCUACAGGCAAGUCUUUGGGAGUGUACAGAGUCUACAGGAGUGUACAGAGUCUAUAGGAAUGUACAGAGUCUGUAGGAGUGAUCAGAGUCUAUAGGAGUGUACAGAGUCUAUAGGAGUGUACAGAGUCUAUAGGAGUGUACAGAGUCUAUAGGAGUGUACAGAGUCUAUAGGAGUGUACAGAGUCUAUAGGAGUGUACAGAGUCUAUAGGAGUGUACAGAGUCUAUAGGAGUGUACAGAGUCUAUAGGAGUGUACAGAGUCUAUAGGAGUGUACAGAUUCUACAGGAGUGUACAGAGUCUACAGGAGUGUACAGAGUCUACAGGAGUGUACAGAGUCUACAGGAGUGUACAGAGUCUAUAGGCGUGUACAGUCUAUAGGAGUGUACAGAGUUUGUAGGAGUGUACAGAGUUUGUAGGAGUGUACAGAGUCUAUAGGAGUGUACAGAGUCUAUAGGGGUGUACAGAGUCUAUAGGAGUGUACAGAGUCUAUAGGAGUGUACAGAGUCUAUAGGAGUUUACAGAGUCUAUAGGAGUGUACAGAGUCUAUAGGAGUGUACAGAGUCUAUAGGAGUGUACAGAGUCUAUAGGAGUUUACAGAUUCAUUAGGAGUUUACAGAGUUUCUAGGAGUGUACAGAGUCUAUAGGAGUUUACAGAGUCUAUAUGAGUGUACAGAGACAAUUGUAAUGUAUCGUGUCUAGGGGAAUGUGUGGUGUUUGUGGGAGUGUUGAGAGUGUAUGGUCGUGUCAGUGCAGUGCCUUGCCAAGUCAUCCUCAAGUCACUUAACCCACAACAGCGGACGUGGUUUCCUGCCAGCGAGUACCCACAACACUUCCCGCUGUAGCCUCGAAGCGCACCUAGCCUGGCACAAGCUCCGUGGCAUCACUUGGUGAAUGGUGGCUGUUGUCAAGAGCCUUCGUGUUCAACGGGAACAAACAGCAUGCGCCGGACAACGUUGUGACGAUAAGCAGUGCGGUGAAGCAGGAUGGAGGGUCAACAGGACGUGAGCAGCUGGGGCACAAAGGAGGUGGGGACGUGGCUGCACAAAGAGGGCAUGGGCGAGCUCUCGGAGCUGCUGAGCGACGUCCAUCGCCUCGACGGGCCGGGGCUGCUGAGCCUCACGCAGGCCGAGCUGCUCGCGCCGCCCAUAUGCAUGAAGGUGUUGGGCGACGCCAAGAGGCUGAUUCGAGCCGUCGCAUCGCUGCGUGCCGCCACGCGUGGAAGCUAUGAGGUGGAAGGCCCGUGCAGCUCGUAUGGCCAAUGUUGCUGUUUUCACUUCCACGAGCACCAGUUGCUCUCAUCAGAUCAAGGUUAUGGUGCAAGGCCGCAGCAGCAGCAUAUGCAGCAGGUGGCGGAGAGAGGGAAUGAUCAUCGCUACACCAAUGGCGUGCCGUAUCGCAGAAUCGCGCUCCGCGCGCACCAGGGCGGCAGCGUGCAGUCGAGCCUGCAGAACGCGUCGCCUGCAGCGCCGGCUGGCGGGGCGCGGGGGGGCGGUGGCGGGCAGGGCAGAGGCCACGGCGGCGGCGGGCGGAAGCUCGACCCCGAGUACUGGAAGACGCUCGUGAGCCUGGUGUACGUCGUGCUCGUGUUCGGGGCCACGGCGUUCGUCAUGGUGAUCGUGCACGACCGCGUGCCCGACAUGGAAACCUACCCCCCCCUGCCCGACAUCUUCCUGGACAACGUUCCACGGAUCCCAUGGGCCUUUGCCAUGACCGAGGUGUGUGGCCUGAUCCUCACCGCCAUCUGGAGCUCCGUACUCGUCUUUCACAAGCACAGGUCCAUCCUGCUGCGCCGCAUGUUCUCGCUGAUAGGCACCGUGUUCCUGCUGCGCUGCGUCACCAUGUUUGUGACGUCGCUGUCGGUGCCGGGCGUGCACCUGCAGUGCUCGGGGAAGGAAAAUCAACAAUUGUACAGUGAUUUUGGGGCGAAGCUUGAGCGAGCGUUGAAGAUUUGGUCGGGGUUCGGGAUGACGCUGACAGGCGUGCACACGUGCGGGGACUACAUGUUCAGCGGACACACGGUCAUCCUCACCAUGCUCAACUUCUUCGUCACCGAGUACACGCCCAUCACCUGGCACUACCUGCACACUCUCUCCUGGGUGCUCAACCUCUUUGGCAUCUUCUUCAUCCUGGCGGCCCACGAGCACUACACGAUCGACGUGGUGGUGGCCUUCUACCUGACGACGCGCCUCUUCCUCUACUACCACACGCUGGCGGCCGCGGGCACGUCCCGCCACUCGCGCCGCGCCCGCGUCUGGUUCCCCAUGUUCUACUUCUGCGAGUGCCGCGUCGAUGGGCCCGUGCCCAACCAGUACCACUACCCCCAGUUCGUGUCUGCGGUGCGAGCCAAGGUGGGACUCUAGGGUGCGGCACCCGGGCCCGCGUUCCCCCCACCCCUCACCCACCCUGCGCGUAACCGCCACCGGUGGCCCGCACUUGCGAUUGGCACGGUUGGCUACGUACGGUGCGAAAGAAGUUCAACUUACACACGUACAUUCGCGGCGGUCCUGUGAGCCAAGUUGGGACUGAAGGCCGACGCGAUACCCGCUUGCUUGGCCCGUGCUGGGGCCACGCACGUGCCCCGCACUUGCGAGACCGCCACACUACUGCAGUGUCUCACCGCGCACUUGAAGUUCUCUCUCCGCUGUGUUCUCGCGCGGUACGACAUUCAAACACACCAGGCGUCUGAACGGAUAUCUCCCGAGUUCACGAAGAUACUCUGCACCUAGUCAGCGUCAACAUACAUACAUCGGGGCCCGAUUAACUGUGGUGCCAUUGUGACUUUCGUAUGGGGCCAACUAUACUUGAGGGCCUAACACGAUUAAUUCAUGGGUGGGCACCAAUUCUCUACAGGGACCCCCAAACAUUAUGGUUAUGGUUGGUGGGCCUUAAAGUGGCUAUUGCUACCACUGCCUUCCCACGGAGAGGUCAAUAUCGCUCUAGGGGAGCCCCGUAGACUGCACGCCAGGGCCCCUUGGUGACGUGUGGAGCCUGGCACUGGCUACCACUGCAGCAGCAGCAGCAGCAGCACCCACGGUGCCAUGGACCGUGACGCGCCACUGCUCUACGUAGCGAAUGAGAGCGGAGACGCGUGUGGUGUGUACGUCACUGUUCUGAUGGUGAAAUAUAUACGCGCACACACACACGUGCGUGUGCGUAAGUGGGCGUGCAAUUUUAUUUUCCGUAGUUGUGUGUUUACAAAAAGACCCUUUGACAGAUUUGUUUGAGGUGGGCAGUGUGCGAUUCAAAGUCUAGGAUUUAAUAUAACAAGUUGCUUUGGGGAAGCCUGCCUUCCAGGUGACGUAUACGAUGCUUAGUUCUUGGUGGUAAAGCAAUAAGCAAAUAACGGAAAGUUUAAGCGUUAAAAAAUACACUUUACAUUUACAGUGAUGACUCUUUUUUUAGAUUUAAGUUUUCCCGCAAAUUGGUAUGGUUUGUUUUAUCGGAGACUUUUUAAUCACUCGCAGUUGUGAUUUCUCAUCGCAUGUGUUCACAUUUAAUUCAUUGUUAUUACAUUUCUUUACCUUGUGCCAAUGAGUGCACCAGAGUUUGUCGAUCGGUAGGUCACGUGCAAUGGAGCAAUGUGCGGGUACUACCCACCCCUUUCAAGACAUCCGUGUGACCGGCGGGGAAAAGUAGGCCAAAACUACGAUCUCUGAAGCCUCCCCUUCAUGGUGAACCUUCUGCCAGCAGUGGUGUGAGCGAGGAAUUGCAGAGCGACAUCCUUAACUUUUAUCUUACCCGUGCGUAACUGGGCAGCCGCAUGAACAAUACCCGUUAAGUUUGCUACAUUUUCCACUCGUUGAGUUAUGAACAUUCUUAAGUUUCUACCUCUUAUACUCUGCAACGUUCUCUAUUACCUCUCAUUAUUGUCACACCCUUCUACUUAUGUGGCUGACCUGAUGUUUUACCUUGUUCGUUAUAUUGCGGGAUGCUGGCCUUGCAACCCUGACGUCACAGUUGGAUUCCCUUGGCAUUUGAAACGAUGGAGCAAGAUUUUAAAAAAAUGUCCCCCCGCACUUUGGUCCACGCAGCAGUAUGAUUGCGGACGCCACGGUUAGUCGAUCGGCAGGUCGCUGCGGGAGGUACGGCCGCUUCAAAGACCGCUUGCCAGCGUGGAAGAGCCUCUGCAGGGCUUCCUCCAGUGGAGGCCCCCUCCCCCCUGGCAGUGGUGCGAGCAAGCAAAUCGCAGGGCUACACCUUUACCUUAUUUACAUGUAUUGUUGUGCUUUGAUUGUAUCUCUUAUUCACAUUUCAAGUGUGCUCCCCGGCAUCACCGAUGCACGAGGCCAACAAACGUCCCGGCACGAGUCUCGCAGCGAGCGCUGCGCCGUCACGGCGAUGACUGUGGAAGGCGAUUCCGUGGCGAAACUAUUUCCAGAGUCGUCGUGUGGUGUGCGGUAAUGCCGUGUCAUUAGCGGGAUGAUGCCAUUUGUAUUCAACAUUUCUUCAGGCCUCGGUGCUAGGCCAUACUGAAUUAAGUGGCAAAAAAAAUGUGUAUAUAUUUUUUUGUCGUACGUUCGUUGGUGACCGAGUAGAGACUUUCAGCUCUCUACGCUUGAGAGCUUGGUUUUAUUUUGGGAUG